AUUCCAUUCGUUAAAAUUUCUUAAAAUCAAGAACGAUAUUAUUUUUUUUUUAAACAAAUAUCCGCAAAGAUGCCUCGAUAAAGUAAAAGUUGCAAAGCUUUCACCAUUUAUUUCCGUCGACUUUUAUGAAAGAAAGUCUGGUCAACGUUUGGUUAAUAAACGUUAUUAAACGAUUCCGCGUGGAAAACCAUCACAAUGGGAGAAAAGAGAGUUUGACGCGAGAUGCACAAUAAGAUAACCGCUUUACGGUUUGACGGGAAGACGAAAUGCCUGCUUAUAAAAAUUACUGUCCCCAACGAGCACGAUGCCAUUUUGAUACAUCGUGUCGUGGAAUCAGCGCGCUAUCCCUCUCUCCAUAAGAAAAACUUCUUUUUCAAAUGUAUUCGUACGAUGGACAAUUUGAUUUGAAAUAGAAUUUGUUGAAUUCGACAGUUUAGCUUUGCUCGUUUAGCGAUUUUAUUAAAUAUUAAAACCAGGAACAUGUUGAAUGGGAAAAUUUUGAUUGUAUUUGGAUUGGUGAGUUAUGGAGUUUUUGCCAGAAAUGCGGAUAGCAAUCGUGAGUUUCUUAAAGAGGCGAGUAACAAGAAACAUGGUGGCUCUAUGUUGAUGGAGAUAGCGAAGGAGAUUGUGCAAAGAUCUUCGACCAGCAGCCAGGUGUUGAAUCUAAAUUUAUCAAAUUUGUUAUUGCUUUUGGUGUUGAAAGCGGUCGUUUUUAGUGCUGGAUAUUUAGGACAUCAUGGUUACAAAGGGCGUGAAUUGUGGGACGAAGAAAACGUAGUAUCCGAAGGUGAAGCUACACUGGCAUUGGGAUAUUUAAUGGGAGAUAGUUGUCUGUAUAGAGCAGCUUGUGAAGAACCUCACAUUGCGAAGGAAUAUUUAAGAGCUGCGGAAAUAAUAAUCGAAACAAUGAAAUUGUUGCCACACGGUUUGUUGAUUGAAGGAACGCACGAGAAAACAUUGGCAGAAAUUCGAAAAGCCAUCGAGCAUGGUGUUACAGAUGGGUGUCCGCCUGAAUAUACUUGCAAAAAGGAGAAUAUUAAGAAUUUCUUGAAAAAAAAUAGAAAGUGAAAGUAUAGGGAUAUAAAUAAUUUCUUUCGAAAGAACCUGUAGUAUUACUUGAAUAUUAAUAUUUUAAUAU